AUGCCUGAAAAUGCCCAACAAACCCCUCUCGCUGGCCACCCGGCGUUUCCCGAACACACUAUGGCCGGCCCUCCACAACCUUCGACUCUCAAAAUCCUGACGGUGGGCUCGGUGCUGGGCUCGAUACGUGACUUGUUUGCGAAAGUCAAAUCCAUUGACGCGAAGCAUGGCAAGUUCGACCUCGUCUUGUGCACGGGCGAUUUCUUCGGCGCCGUGAAGGAGGGUGAGGCAGAUGAUGAGGAAACUGAAACGAAACAGCUUCUGGAGGGGAAGCUUGAAGCUCCUCUGCCAUGUUAUAUCAUGCAGGGAGAGCUGCCUCUUCCUACCUCCGUAAUCGAAAAGUUUGCAAAGACUAGUGGAGAGCUGUGUCACAACGUGUUCUUACUUGGCAAGUCUGCCACAUUUACCACGGCGGAAGGUCUCCGCAUAGCUUGCCUAGGCGGAACGUACGAUCCCAAGAUCUUUGAGGCCUCCGAAAUACCUCACGGUUUCACCUCGCCCUACUUUACCUCCCAAACCGUCUCCAAGCUCCUCUCCAACACCAUCUCUUCCUCCUCCGCUAAAUCAAAAGGCGGAAACUCCUCCCUCGCAUCCAUCAUGUCUUCUGCCGCCACAUCUUCCACUGUCGACAUCCUCAUCUCCCACGUCUGGCCUUCAUGUAUCACAACUUUCUCGUCCGCUCCGCUCCCCUCGCCACAAAUAGCUCAAGGGGGCGCACCGCCCGUAGACGAGCUCAUAAAGAAGAUCAAGCCAAGGUACCUUUUCAGCAGCUGUAGUAAUGGUACUGGUGGUCCGCCCAUGUUUUGGGAGAGGGAACCAUUCGUGUGGGAUGAUGAAGGUGGGAGAGUCUCGAGGUUCGUGAGUCUAGGUGCGUUUGGAGGCGAGGCCCCUACGUCAGGGAAGAAACAACGGUGGUUCUACGCCUUUUCAAUACCGCUCCAGUCUGCAACGGCGACGGCGAGACCGGCCAAUGCUACUCUGAACCCGUUCACAGAGGGGCCGUCUCGGCCGCAUAAACGACCUUUAGAUAUGGGCGAUGGAGAGAACUUCCGGUGGGGAAACAAUGUCCAGAAACGAACGAGAACGGGGGAACAAGGGCAGGGACAGAACGGUAAACCUCCGCCUGGAUAUGUCUGUAAAAGGUGUGAAUCCACGGAUCAUUUCAUCAACGACUGUCCGGAAAGGUCCAAACCUCCAGAAGGUUACAUUUGCAAGAUCUGUAACACGGCAGGCCAUCUGGUCCGAGACUGUCCCACACGCCACAACCCAGGAGACACAGGCGGCCGCAAACCUCGCGAAGGCUACGUCUGUCGCGCCUGUGGGAGCGAAGCCCACUACAUCGAAGACUGUCCCGUCAUCUCCGAGCGUCGGGCAACUCAACACCAACACGGUCAUCAUCAGCACGGACAAAGAAGAGGACCGCCGAAAGAGAUAGGUCCAUCGGAGUGUUGGUUCUGUCUCAGUAACCCGAGCCUCGCGAAGCAUCUGAUCGUGGCGAUUGGGAAUGAAUGUUAUGUGACGUUGCCGAAGGGGCAGAUCAUUCCUACUCACAAUCGUGGGGGUGGAGGUGCAAGCGGUGGUGUGCCGGGAGGAGGGCAUGUGCUUAUUGUGCCCAUUGCGCAUUUCGCGACGUUGAGCUCUAUACCGGGGGAACUUAAACAGCCUGUGUUGAACGAGAUCGGGAAGUACAAAUCCGCUCUAUGGACCUUCUAUGCGAAACAUAACUCUGUCCCAGUCUUCUUCGAGGUCGGUCGAAUUUCCGCAAAAGGUGGCCACUCGCACAUACAAGUUAUCCCCGUUCCGCUAUCGCUCAAGAACGAGGUCGAAGCGGCUUUCAUCGACGAGGGUAAACCGGUGGGGAUUGAGUUCGAAGUGGAGCAGGCAGAUGCGCCCACGCCAGGAGAAGAGAGGGGCAGCUACUUCAGAGUGGAGUUGCCUGCUGGUGAUGGAGAGAAUGGAGAGAGGAGGUUGGUGUAUUGGAUGAGAGACGGCGUGCCGUUCAGCGUGCAAUUUGGAAGGCAAGUGCUGGCAAAAUUGCUGAAGAUGGAGGAGAGGGUGGACUGGAAAGCAUGCAUACAGUCUGAGACGGAGGACAGGGAAGACGUUCAGGCUUUCAAGACUGCGUUUGCACCGUUUGACCCAUCUAUGUAA